AUGAUACCUUCGGGUGACAAGGAAACCAACAGCCAACCAGCCAAGCGAGCUCACAAGCAGGAUGAUGGCGGAAUCAAAGGCCGAAGAGUACGGAGCUUUCAUUCAAAGAUUUGACCUUUACCCUUUGCCUCGCUCCCCAGAUUUGCCGUCACUACCACUUGAAGGCCUCAUCUUCGCUGUCAAGGACAUAUUUGAUAUCGAUGGCUACGUUACUGGAUUCGGGAAUCCAGAUUGGGCAAGGACUCAUAUGCCAGCCACAUCCACGGCGCCAACUGUUUUAGCUCUUCUCCAAGCAGGAGCUACUUGUGUUGGUAAAACGGUGAUGGAUGAAAUGGCCUACAGCAUCAAUGGAGAGAAUAAGCAUUACGGGACACCUAUUAAUCCAUGUGCUCCAGAUCGAGUGCCUGGAGGAUCUUCUAGUGGAUCUGCAGUGGCUGUUGCUGCAGGCCUUGUUGAUUUCUCUCUAGGUACCGACACUGGUGGAAGUGUGAGAGUACCAGCAUCAUACUGUGGAGUCUUUGGUUUCCGGCCUUCGCAUGGUGUUGUCUCCACUAGGCAUGUCAUCCCCAUGGCUCAAAGCUUUGAUACUGUUGGAUGGUUUGCAAGAGAUCCUGUGACCACAAGCAAAGUCGGCCAUACUUUACUGCAAUUGCCCGGUGAAGUAAAUGUAGAACCAACUCGCUUUAUUAUCGCUAAUGACUGUUUCAAGUAUCUUGGACUACUUGGUGAAAAAAUUUCUCAUAUUGUCGUCGAGUUUGUCCGGGCCACUUUUGGAAGUCAUCUGAUUACCUAUGAAAACCUUGGAGAUUAUAUUCUUCAGAAGGUUCCUAUUUCAAGAAAUUUUAUAAAUACAGUCCCUGAAAGUCAAGCUUUUCCAAUACCAGCACUAGGCGCUCUGUCGUAUGCCUUGCGUGUGAUUCAGAGGUUUGAAUUUAAAUGUAAUCAUGAGGAAUGGUUAAAUAAUGUGAAACCCAACUUGGGUCCUGGAAUAUCAGAAAGAGUAAUGGAUGCCCUGGCAUCAACAGAUGAUAAUUUAGAAAGCUGCUGGAAAUUAAAGGCUGAGUUCAAGGCUGUUUGGACUGACCUUUUGGGAGACUACGGUGUCCUUGUAAUACCUACCGUUCCAGGGCCACCUCCAAACCUCAACCUGGAUGGUAUUACAUUGAGCGACUUUCGUGCCAAAGCUUUCAGUUUGCUAGCCGUUGCAGGCAUGUCUGGCUUUUGCCAGAUCUCUGUUCCACUGGGGAUGCAGAAUGGCCUUCCUGUUUCAGUUUCUCUGUUAGCAAGAGAUGGAGCAGAUUUUUUCCUUCUUCAUCUUGUUCAGGCUUUCUAUCAAACUGUAAAAGAACGAGCUGCUGCUAUUUGGGAAUCUGGUUUGUGAAGAACAUUUGGAUAGUUACUGUAUUUUCUGUACACAUUCUGCUUAAUGACAUGAAUGAACGGUAAUGAUUCUGGAAAGACAAAUAAACAGUGAUGUUUUGCUUUGAAAAAGAGGUGCAUUCAUGUUUAUUAUCACUUGAGAAAAUUUAGAGAAAAUCUUAUUCUAGAGCACCGUCAAGGAUUCUUAGGGUCCAGAUGCUGUAAAU